CGGGGGUGGCGGCCCCGCCUCGGGAGAGGCUGGCCGGGCCGAGCCUAUUUGAGGCGCGGAGCCACCGCCCGGUCAGGGAUUGCACCACCUCACCAGAAGCCGGCCCCGCAGCAAGCGCGCGAGCGCCGAGGCGUAGGGAAAAUGGCGGACAGUUUUUCACUUAACGAUGCUUUAUCUGGGUCUGGAAACCCAAACCCUCAAGGAUGGCCUGGUCAAUGGGGAAACCAGCCUGCUGGAGCAGGGGGCUACCCAGGGGUGUCUUAUCCUGGUGUCUACCCUGGACAGGCCCCUCCUGGCGGCUAUCCUGGUCAGGCCCCUCCGGGCGGCUAUCCUGGUCAGGCACCUCCAGGAGUCUACCCUGGACAGGCCCCUCCUGGCGGCUAUCCUGGUCAGGCCCCUCCUGGCGCCUAUCCUGGUCAGGCCCCUCCUGGAGCCUACCCUGGCCCGACAGCACCUGCUUAUCCUGGACCACCUGCACCAGGAGCCUACCCUGGGCAACCGAGUGGGCCUGGGGCCUACCCGCCUCCUGGGCAGCCAAGUGCUCCUGGAGCCCACCCUGCCGCUGGCCCCUUUGGCAUCCCUGCUGGACCACUGACCGUGCCUUAUGACCUACCUUUGCCUGGAGGAGUCAGGCCUCGCAUGCUGAUAACAAUUCUGGGCACAGUAAAGCCUAAUGCAAACAGGCUUGCUUUAGAUUUCAAGAGAGGGAAUGAUGUUGCUUUCCACUUUAACCCGCGCUUCAAUGAGGACAACAAGAGAGUCAUUGUCUGCAAUACAAAGCUGGAUAACAUCUGGGGAAAGGAAGAAAGACAGAUGGCUUUCCCGUUCGAAAGUGGUAAACCAUUCAAAAUACAAGUGCUGGUUGAAUCUGACCACUUCAAGGUUGCAGUCAAUGAUGCUCACUUGUUGCAGUACAAUCAUCGGAUGAAAAAUCUCCAGGAAAUCAGCAAACUGGGAAUUUCUGGUGACAUAGACCUCACCAGUGCUUCACACGCUAUGAUAUAAUCUUAUAGGGGAGGAUUUAAAAAAAAGAAAUUGAAUAUAAACCCAUACACAUUGAAACUUCAUGUUUCCUGACUGAAAAAUUUUACCUUCAUUCAUCACUGUCCUUGUAAAUCAUCCAUUUAAUAAACAUUCUAAGAGUU